AUGGAUGAUGAGGGAUUUGAAUCUGCUUUUAUUGAAACCUUAAUAACUUAAUAAGAUAAGUAACCCACAUAUGUAUUCACUUCUCUACCCACUCCCAAUCCUAUUGUAUACUAAUCAGACUAUAGAGGAGUGACAAAUGACAUUCAAGAUAUUCAAAAAACAUAUAAAUGUGUUUAUAAGAAAUAAUAUGGAUCAAAACUCACUAAUCAACUUUUUAAAUUUUUAAAUCUCAAUGAUUUACAAAUACCUACCAUUACUUAAACCUAAUACUAACUACUAUUUGAUUCUAAUUUUACAUCUGGAAAUCUAGCUGCAGUUUAUUAAGUCGAUUCAUUUGAAUAUGAUUUGCUUCUUUAAGAAGACUUUAAUACUACCAGUUAUUCAUAAUGGUUUUAUUUUAGAGUUAAUAAUCCUUACGAUCAUAAAUACAGAAUUAACAUCAUUAAUUUAGUAACUUAUUAUAUAUAAAACAAUAGACAAAGCAUUAUCUCCAAUAUCAAAAUGGUUUUGGAAUCUAUAUUAAAUAUAAUUCUAAUUGGGAAGUACUUAAAUCUCAAAUAUUAAUCAAAUAAUCUUCAUAUGUUAAAUCGAACUUCUGUAGAACAACUUCCAAUAAAUUAUACACUCUCUCUUUCUGGAUAAAUAAAUCAUACAAAACAUUGGAAAUUGCUCUUGGAAUCCCUUAUUCUCAUCUUGAUUUGGAUAGAUACUUACUCAAAUUUUAAACUGAAAUCCUUUCAAAUACAAUUUCAGGAUUACCUGUUAGAAUGCUUUAAUUUGGAUCCAAAAGAAGUGAUGUUAUAUUAGUUAUUGCACGUCAACAUCCAGGAGAAACUGUUUCUUCUCAUGUAUGUUAAGGUUUUUUAGAAGCACUUUCAAAUGACAAAACACUACAAUUAUUUUAUAAUAUAAUUGUUAUACCAAUGGUUAACCCUGAUGGAGUGAAAUGGGGUAAUUUUAGAUGUGAUCUAAGUGGAAGAGAUUUAAAUCGAGUUUGGUAAAAUCCAAGAUCCAAAUUUCAUCACUAAAUCAUCCAAAUUAAAAAUCUUAUUCAAAAAAUCUUAGAUGAAGGUAGAGAUAUUAAGACUUUUAUUGAUUUACAUGGCCAUUCCAGAAAACUGGGAACUUUUAUGUAUGCUUGUAGAAAUUCUGAUGAUCCUAUUGAAUGUAGAGUUCUCCCCAUGAUCAUGGCUGAAAAUUCUAAAUAUUUCGAUUUCAAUUCUUGUACAUUUAAUCUGAAAUCAUAUAAGUUAAAAACUGCAAGAGCUUUUGUAUAUAAUCAAAUGUAAAAGUAUAACCCUAACAGUUUUCAUAAUAUUGUUACUCUUGAAACUUCAUUUUUUGGUUAUAAAGAAGAAAACAAAUUUAUUUAAUUCUCUUAAAAUGAUUUAACAUAAAUUGGGAAAGAUUUACAUCAAUCUUUAAAAAUUUAUCAUAUGUAAUUAGAAUAAAAAAAUAAAAUAUUCAAAGACUUAGAAUUAAAUAAAAAAUAUUUUUAAAAAUAAGAUGAAAAUUAACCUUCUGAUGAUAGUGAUUCUGAAGCUGAAAUUGGAAUAAUUCCAGAUGAAGAAAUUUAAUCUUAAUAUACUCUUAUUGAUAAAUCUGAUAGAUUGUUUUAAGGCCCUCCAAAGACAAGUGCAUUAAAAAAAAGAAAUUUAAAAAAAGCCAUAAAUCCAUUCUUAGUAGGACAAUGUGAAAAAAAAUACAAUUUUCAUAAAUUAACAAGAGGAGAUAGCAAAUCUUAAAAAGUUAUAAAUUAAACACUUUAAAUUUAAUAAAGUUUAUCCCCAAGUUUAAGUAGCAUAAAUAAAAUUAACAGAAAUCUAUCUUCACAUAAUAAAGAUCAUGUUCAUAUGCAUUCAAGUAAUGCAGAUAAUUAUGACAGCGUUCAAUCAUGUAGAUUAUUAAGAUAGAGUACAAUACGAACACCUAAAGAAUUUAAACUUAAAUCAGAAUAAAGAAACUAAUUUCAUAGUCCUAAUGACAAGCUCAUAAUUUUCGAAUAAAAUUUGAAAAUAAAAAGAAAGAAUACCCAAACUAUAAAAUUUUUUUGA